AUGGAGCGUGUCGUUUUAAGGUUUCUGUUGGCCUCGGCAGUGAUUUUAACCGCUGCAACGGUGAUUAGUGGCGAGCGAGUCAAUGAAACUUCUGCUACAGCGGACGACUAUUUAUCAGCGGGUGCGGAUGUUGACGACCAUGAUGACCUUGACGGCGAGUUUUCUUCUCUUGAUGGAGUGUUACGAUGGGUCAUUGGGCAUUCUGAUCCAGCGAAAUUAAAAGAAAGUGCAGAAGAUGUUCAGAGGUUGUCUGCUAGUGAGUUACAGAAGCGUCAAUUAGAAAUUAAGGAGUUGAUAGAGAAGAUGAACAUGCCAUCCGAUGCACAGUUGAUGCAAAUAGCGAUAGAUGAUUUAAACAAUUCAUCUUCAUCUUUGGAAGAUCGCCAACGUGCGUUGCAGGAUCUUCUCAUACUUGUUGAGCCACUUGAUAAUGCAAAUGAUUUGAACAAACAUGGUGGUCUUGCCAUAGUAAUCCAAGAAUUUAAUCAUCCUGACCCAGACAUAAGGAGACUUUCUGCAUGGGUUCUUGGAAAAGCUUAUCAAAAUAAUCCAGUUGUUCAAAAACAGGUCUGCUGA